AUGGUUCGCCAGAAAAAAACCAGUGCUAUCGCCACAGCUCUCCAAAAACCAGUUUUUGUACAGCCCACCACUCCAGUUCCUGUUGCAUUCAUUCCCGGAUACUCAUUCAGUUUUGGAAGCCAGUAUAUUCUGCCGAAUGAAACAGACACUGGUGCUAUUCAAUACAAAUUCCAUGAGUCCCUGUCAACAAAGAGCUCUGAUAGCAAAUCCAGUAUUUCGAAGAGUGCAGAAAAACAUACAACACCUUCGACUGCUCUUCCAUCCGAUGAAUGUGGGGAAAGAAGUUCUUCUUAUGUUCCUCAACGUUUCAUUCCCUGUUUCGACCUUACCACCGACGUUCUGGGAGGAGUUGGUGAUGAAAACUCAUAUCAUUUGAGACAAAAGUUACAUCAGGAUGAACGACGAUUUCACGAAAACGAGACAAUGUCGAACAGUGGAGACAGAGACGCAGACGUUUCGGAAGAUGGUAUCGGAAGACACGAGACUGAGGAGAAGCUGGCGAACAGCGGCGAUACUGCUGGAGUUGAAGAGGAGGGGAAAGGGGAAGAAGAAGAAGAAAUUGUCAUCGCCGACGUGGGAGAAAUCGGCGACGCUAUGACGGCUGCUGUUAACGAUAAAGAAGAUGUUGAAUCAGCGACGUCAUCCAGUUGUGGAACUAAACAUCAGAAAAGCCAGCUUGAGAAAUUGCUCAUGCAACCAGUUAAGAAGCCAGUUUAUCAAGAGUUUCAACAACCAUUCAUCGUGACUUUCAGUGCUAUCGGGAAUCAACCACAGCCGUCCAGCCAAAAUUCACAAUUACCCAAAACGAUGCAGUUCUAUCAACCUCCUGCACAACAGCAUCUAGCUAGGAGUACCCCUCCUCCAGGAUUCGUUCCGCCUUACGGAAUGGGAAUGCGCCCACACGAAGAAGAAACUAGGCAGAUAAUGAAUUUGGAUAGUCAACAGACUCACAAUUCAUCUCCCAGCUCUUCAUGGAAUCAACCCUAUGGGCAAAUGACAAACUUGAAUGCCUAUCAACGAGGCCCCAAUAUCUACGCGGCUCCCGUUCCUCCAUCAAUGGUUCAUCAAAACGGACCACCCGGUGUUGUUCCUACUUCGAAUCCUUAUUAUCCAACUCCUGGUCCUCCACCACCACAUCAUCACAUCCAACCUCAAGCACCGAUGAUGCCACCUGGAAUGCAUGGACAACAACAACAACAACAACAACAACCAUAUUACAAUACACAAUCCCCAUUGACUGGAAGUUCUCCUUCAAUGAACUACGGAACUAACCAAAUUCCUGCACCCCCACCCACCAGUAAUGGGAGUGCUCCAAUUUUCAACUUUUCAAAACCGAGAAACUCUAACGAAGGAUCCUCGGUGAACGGCGGAGGUCAUCGGAGAAAAAAGCAUAAUGACUUAAGUUCGCCUCGUUACAACAACAACAGUAAUGAAGAUGUUGAUGGUUCCAUUUUUCCUGACAUGGCAGAUUUCCCACUUCUAGAUGUUGUUCAGUCAAAAGCCAAGAAGGAUGCUGGCCGAAAACCGUGCCGUCCUCAUUUGUGUGAACAGUCCAGAAUGUUGAUUUCGCGAGUGUGUCACUUCCACAGAGAGUUUGUUAAAAGAUUGCCUUCACGACACCCACUAGCCAAUUCUCCUUUCUCGAAGCCUGAUCAAUGGACAUCUCAAAUUAUGGGGAUAUCGUUGGCCACCGUUCGGAAAUGCAUCGACAUGGCAGUGGAUGAAGAAGUCUUCACAAGGUGCACAGAUAAGAACUUAGUGAAUCUAACGCCGUCGGAACGAGCCGAACGCGAAGAACUUCUUUCAAAACUGUCAACAGUUUUUGAAGAUGAGAAAACAUUGGGUGCAGGAACUGCUGGAAUGACUAUUGCUGAAUAUUCUCCACGUCGUUCGUAUUCCAACACUCUGAUUCGUCAGUCAACUGAUGAUAAAUCAUCAAAUUCUUCUUUCGCAAAUGGAGCUGACUACGGUAGUAGUGAAACGACAUUGUUGAAUCUCGAUGAUCAUUCAAACCAAUCGAAAGAUUUCGGCGCAACUCCAACACCUACGACCGAAUUGAGCAACGGUGGUCAUAUGUUCGAAGACCUCCGACCAAUUGGCGGAGGGAACGUUGAAACCGAGGAAAAGUCAACUCCAAUCAUGGACACGCCAAAGAGAGGAAGACCACGUAAGGCACCGGGAACAGUCUCAACGAAGUCGACUAAACGAAAGGAGUCUGUAGAAGACAGUGAAAUGUCUGAAGAUAGAGAUGAACACGAGAAAAAGACCGAAGAUGAAGAUGAAACGAACGAGGAGACUGAGAAGAAAUCCGAUGAACUUGAACAAGUUGUUUUGGCAGCUGAACGGGAAGAUGAUGCGGCUUCCAGUGAGGGUACAAAUCGAAGUGAAACUGCUACUCCAGAACCAACCGAUACAUCGGUUGCCAAAAAGACUCGUGCAGCUGCUAGACGCAAGAACACGAGAACGGUCGAUGAAGAGCUCCAAGCUUCUACGAAAAGAAAGAGAGGAUCCGUUACAUCUGCAACAGCUGGAGUAACGCAAUUCGACGACGAAAACGCUGACCACAAAAUGGUGACAAGAGCUAGAAGCCGUCAACCGUGA